AUGGAUGAUCCUAUUGCAAAAGAGAUAACCCCUACAAAAAUAAGUGAUACGGAGAAGAGAAUCAUUUAGUAUCUAGAGGAGGAGUUAUUGUUGGAUCAAUUCACAGAUCCUCAGUUAAAACAAAUCAACUUUGAGUUGUCCAAGAAAAAAACCAUUUUCUCAUUUAAAUCUAUGGAUUCUGACACUGAAAUCUCCGAAGCCACUUCUUGUUCAACAAUCAAGAGCAGCAAACUACAUUUGUGUAAGUCUCCAUUGUUUAGAAGAAGACUAAGCACAUUAGUUUUAGACUAGUUAUCUUGAUAUUGUAUUAUUUAACGUAAUUUCAAUCUCUAUGCUUGAAGAAA